CCUUUUUUUUUUGUCGCUCUGGAUUAUUUUGUGUGCCUUCCAAGGGAAACCCUAGUAUUUAUUUCUCCUGUUAGAAAGAAAAAAAAGACUGUGUUUUGGCAUUAAAUUUUCGUUCUUGAUUUUUGGGAUGCAUAAAUUCUCCUCUGGUUGCAAAAUCCCAAAUCAUUUUUAUUUAAGGCAGGAGAGAGAAAAGAGGGAAGAAGUAAGGCAGCAGCACUGAGGCGAGGCCCGGCCGCCGAGCUAUCCUCCAUCUCGCGCAGGCGCAGCAGCUCUCUCAGAUCCAAAGCCGGGGGGAGAAAUCGCCGGAUGCGCUCGGCCGCUUGCCGCCGCCGGUGCUGCUGCUGCUACUGCUACUGCUAGGGUUCUUGCGGAGAUGCGGGGCGCCGAGUCGGACGGCGGCGGCGGCGGCGGCGGCGCGUCUUCCUCCUCCGCUGCAGGUAAUUUUGAUGCCGGGCAGUACGCCUUCUUCGGGAAGGAGCCACUGGAGGGUCUCGAUCUCAGUUGCUUAGAGGAUGACGGUGGUGAUGGCAAUGGCGGUGGAUUCAGUGGGCCAGAAGAUGGGCUGUAUCGGCUCUCUUCUGUUGGAGAAGAGAUUGAUAAUCUGAGUAACUUGUCCGAAAUUGAUGAUCUUGCGAGCACUUUUGCAAAGUUGAACCGAAGCAUUAGCGGAACACGGAACCCUGGUGUUAUUGGUGACAGACGAUCCAUCUCAAGAGGAAGUUCUCUUACCGUUGAUUGGCCUGAAGAUGUAGAGUUUCCCAACUGGGUAGAUCAAGAUAUAUUAGAGGAUGAGGAAUUUCAGGAAAGGCAAAGAUGGUGGUCACAGUCACAUUCUCUCGGACAGCAAGGGGAUGCCAAACCACUGAGCCGAACAUCCUCAUAUCCUCAGCAACCACUGCAGCACCGUGCAAGUGAACCUAUCGUUGCACCAAAAUCUCCUUCAUUUACCUCCUUUCCACCUCCAGGUGCUAGAUCACCUUAUACUUCUCAAGGCCUUACACGCCAUGGAAGCAUACCAUCACUUGGUGCUGGCCUACAAAUGGGUUCUCCAAGCAUGUCGCUUUCAGGUUCUCCAUAUCAUAUGGCUGGACUAUCUCAUGGACUACCAUAUGGAGGAAGCAUGUCCUUUGGCACUCCGCAUCUUCCUGUAAACAAUCCAAUGCAAAGUGAUUGGCCAAACCCAGCCAACCCGUACUCUGGGGAGCAAUUUAAUCUACUGCCAAACAUGUUACAGAAACAAAUAUCACUUCCAAAUAGCCCAAUGUCGUCACUGUUAUUUUCUCAACAGCACCAGAGAUUGGCACAGCUUCAAGUCCAACCACCCCAUCAGAAUUACCUCAAUUUACCACCUCAGCUAUUUUACCAACAUCACUCCCCAGAGUUAACAGGAAGAUUUGAUUCUGUUAGCAGUGCUCCUUCACUGAGAGACAAAAGAUCAAGGUCAGGAAGGGGAAAACACAGCACACGUUUUUCUCAACCAAUGUCUGAUACUGGUAGUCAAAAUGGUGAUAGUGGAGGACUAAAAUUCAGAUCUAAGUACAUGUCAUCUGAAGAAAUUGAAUCCAUCUUAAGAAUGCAACAUUCAGCAAGUCACAGCAGUGAUCCUUAUUUAGUUGAUUAUUAUCAUCAAGCUUGUAUUGCAAAAAGGGGUGCCAAUUCUAGGCAAAAGGCCACUUUCUCUCCAACAUCAAUGAAAGACUUGCCUUCCAAGUCCCGGUCCAGUGGUGAUCAUCAUGCAUAUCUUCAGGUUGAUGCUCUUGGGAGAGUUUCCUUCUCUUCCAUACGCAGGCCUCGGCCUCUUCUUGAAGUUGACCUUCCUUCAUCAGGCGAUGGUUCUCAUGAUCAGAAGUCUUCUCUGAAACCCCUGGAGAAAGAACCGAUGCUGGCUGCUAGAGUUACUGUUGAAGAUGCCCUCUGCCUUCUUCUUGAGGUGGAUGAUAUUGACCGGCUAUUGCAGUCAAGCCAGGCACAGGAUAACAGUUUCCAACUGAGGCGAAGACGACAGGUCCUCCUUGAAGGUCUAGCUGCAUCCCUUCAACUUGUUGACCCUCUUGGAGCGAACAAAUCAAGCCAUUCAUCUGGAUUGGCCCCUAAGGAUGAUCUUGUCUUUCUUCGCAUUGUUUCUCUUCCUAAAGGACGCAAGCUUUUGUCACGUUACCUUCGACUUCUUACCCCUGGAAGUGAGUUGACCCGUAUAGUAUGCAUGGCUAUUUUUCGACAUCUGAGAUACUUGUUCGGGGGUUUACCAUCAGAUACUAGUGCAGCAGAAACAACAGUUGCUCUUGCGAAGACUGUCUCAUCCUGUGUGCACCAUAUGGAAUUAGGUGCUCUUAGUGCUUGCCUUGCUGCUGUGGUCUGUUCAUCUGAGCAGCCACCUCUGCGUCCUCUUGCUAGCUCUGCUGGUGAUGGGGCUUCUCUUAUUAUUAAAUCAGUACUGGAUCGAGCAACUGAGUUACUGACUGACCACCAUGCUGCAGCCAGCUAUACAGUGUCAAACCGAACUCUCUGGCAGGCAUCCUUUGAUGCUUUCUUUGGGCUUCUGACAAAAUAUUGUCUCAGUAAGUAUGAAAGUAUAAGGCAGAUGUUUGUUAUGCAGUCACCAUGCUCGGUAAUUGGGGCUGAAGUCUCCAAGGCAACCAGCAGGGAGAUGCCAGUUGAGUUACUACGUGCAAGCCUUCCUCAUACAAACGAUCAGCAACGCCAGCUGCUGCUUGAUUUUGCUCAGCGAACUAUGCCAGUGACUGGUUUUAAUCCCACUGGUGCAAACGGUGGGCACGCCACCUCUGAGUCUGUUCCUGGUUGAUAUGGCUGAAGUGCCAAAGAUUAGAUUGUCAAUGCUUGAAGGACUCGAUGCACUUGUCUCGCAGAUGGUAAUUCUUAUAUAUCUGGAGUCGUGCAUAUCCCGUUCAUAAGGUAUGAGCUUUGGAGGAAGUUCCAUUUGCUCAGGAAAAAAUAGCCUUUUUCAGAUUGUGACUUUAGGUUUCAGAUUAAUCUCAUAGACGAGCGAUCUCCUUUCUGUGGGUCAUUUAUAUAGCACCCACCUGAUAUGCAUAUGUACGUACUGUUGUAACACUAUGCAGUGAUGAACUAGCCACCUCGUUGGGGGCAAAUUUAGUUUUUAACAUUCAUGUGCUCCCAGUGAAGAAGACAUCCAAGACUAGUGGGCGUAGCAGUUGGUUGUACAGGUUGGGGUACGACUGUACUAGGGCCUUCCUGUCUGUCGUUUUACUGGUGUGGAAGGUGUCUAGCGUCAAGUACCUAGUAGUCUGGUCUUAAUCUGUUUUAAUUAGGACCAAAGUGUGUUGGAAUAAUGAAGUGCUGUUUAUUUAGGUUUCUUGGAAAGAUAUUUAAAAUGUCAUGGAGAUGCCAUUUUUCCAGUUACCUACUGACACUAUAGUAGGAGUACUGGAAACUAUGGGUAUAUCUCUUAUUUAUACAUUGUUACAAUUUGUUCUCAUUUUAUUUCUUUACUUGUUCAUGUUGGCAAAGGAUUUUCUUCUUUUAGCAUUGUGC